GCCUUCAGCUGUCCAGAAGGAUGGCACGUGUCACUCCCUCCCUUUCCCCGAACUCAGCUGCCUGAAUGCUACUUGUCUUGGGAGGCUGGAAUGCGAAGGCGGUUGCCUCUCUCAUGCAUGAGCGUUUCGCGUCGGCGAUACUGGUCUGUUUCGGCGCGGAAAGACAAGAACCGCUGGAGCUUCGGUGGGUGGUGGUGCUUCUCCGGCAACCGCGGCGGUCGGGGUCGACCAUGUGCGCAGCCGUGCACUUGCGCACGCCCGACUCUCUCUCUGCCCGUUCCACUCGUUGGAGCGCGGCCGGAGGUGGACGGCCCCGCGGCGGUGGUCGUGCGGAGACGUCAGCGGCACCGACGUGGAUGAGUGCGGCGCUGACGGGGCAACGUGCGCGAUGCGCCUUCUUUUUGUGUGUUUCAUUUUCCUUCGACUCGGACCGCGCGACACCGUGGCACCGGCCGGACGGUGUGGGCGACGCAGCUGUCCUCGGACAGGGCGGUCCCCUGCCGCGGCAACCCGGUUAUCGGUGUGGCGGAGGUGUGAGUGUGGGCACGUAAUGCACGUUGCACAGACACACGGCCACACAGGCGCAGCCACAGACACUGACACCGAUGCACACACAGGCAUCGGUGCUUGUCUUCGUCUGCUCGGCUUGUGGGACGAGCGCUGCAUCUCUCACGAUCGGCUGCUCGUUUGCGCGGAGCUGCUGGCUUCCUGUAUGUGUGCAUGUGUAUGUGUGCUGACCCUCGCCCUCCCCUGUUGUUGCCGAGACACUGUUUUCUUUUCUUACUCGGCAAGGCGUGUAGCCGCCCUCUCUUUCGGAACUACCGCUGCAAGGACGCGGCCUGUGGACGCUCUCCCCUGCGCUUCUGCUAUGUGUGUGUGUGUCUCGGCUGUGCUGUGCCGACGGAGCAGCAACGAAGCCGCGACUACUUCGUGAGGGCACUGCACCGCACCGCUGUGCUGUGUGGUGUGAAUGCGUCUGCCUGGCUUUGCGUGCAGGGCACUGUGUGCUUCCCGCAGACGCGCGGCCAGCUGCGUGCACACCGCCUCCUUCUCUCGCGCUGCGUCGUUCAUCGCUCCCCGCUUCUCUCUCUCCUCCCCCUCCCCCCUCCACUUCCUUCCUGCACUGGGCCACCGCAACGGCAGCGCACACAGCUCUGCAUCGCGCUCUCCCUCUCCCGCUCUCCCUUUGGUGAACACGGCUACAUCGCACCUUCGCUUCGAUCGAGUUCCUGCGGUUUCUGUUGUUGUGGUGGUGUAGGUUUGCCGAUGCGUGCUCCACAGCGCAGCGGUGCGUCCUUCGUACGUAAAGCGGGAAGAAGGGGAAACUUGUCGCCUCGGCGUGCGCGACGCGUGUUCUGACGACGGAAUAAUAUAUUUCUAUACUUUUCUCAAUGCUAUCGCUGAGGUGGGGAUCAUCUCGUUUCUCUUCUUGCUCUCCAGUCUGCUGAACGCGGCUCCUCUGCGCCGAACCGGCUUCGAUUUGACACACGAGACGGUGGAAUACAUAUAUAUAGAGAGAGAGAGAUGCCUUGUAGAUCCAUCGCUACGAUGGUGGUCGUCGACGCCAAGGCGGCCCUGGGGGCGUUGUGUUGUGGCGCAGCCUCCGCCCCGGUUGAGUUCGUCCGCCCAGCAGCGUCGCAGCACACCGGACUCAUCGCGGUGCCCAGCAGCGGGAACAUGAUGGUGCUCCUUAUUCUGGACUUUGGCGGCGGCGGCGCAGUGAACGAACCGGCAGCAGGGCCCGUGAAUCCUUGGCGGGUGCUGCACCGCGAGGGUUACCCGUGCUUGCUAGCAGUGCCUGCUGUUCCCACCAAAGCACCACCUGCCUCCCAGCGAUCGACACGCGACCACGGCGAAGAAACAGAAGACAAGCGGGCGAGCGCUGAGACAGACAGCGACGAAGGAGAGGAACGCGUGGACGCCUUGGCGCCUUCGCUUUCCUCUAGUGCGGCCGGGGCGGCAGCUACGUCCAACGAAGUCGUCUACGUGUGCGUGCGGGAGGCGGUCGACACGAACGUGCGUUGGUUUGCUGUAUGGCUGCCGCCUUCUCUGGCCUCUCGCGACCUGUUGGUGCUCCUUCGCAGCGCCAACUGCACCAAGAACAGCGGGGAAGAGGCGGGGAAUCGAAUGAGCAGCAGCAGCGGCGGCAAAGGAAAGGAAGACAGCGAAGUGUGGCGACUGCAGACCGUCUGUCGAGAUGUGUGGCCGCUCCCCCCGGUCUCGCCGCAUGGGCUUCCUCCUCCACGGGAUGGCGCGCUUCCGCGAGCGCGUUGGCCGUCCGCAGCGGAAUCGCGGCCGCCGGUGCGGUCACACGAGCAAUGCGACGAUGGUCACGCAGACGCUGCUGCAGCGGGGGAGCACGUUCGACCUUCCUGCGCCGUCGUGUCGGCGCACCUGCGACACCUGCAGCGCUGGAACAGAAGCCUCCUGUCGUACUUGUUUGGUGCCGGAGAACAGGUCGAGGAAGCCUGGCUGACGACGGAUAACGCCACAGAAGCAGCAGCAGCAAGGUCGCCGCAAUCGUCGCCGUCUGCGCUGCGUCUUCUGCGGCUUGUCUUCUGCUUUUGGCACCGUGUUUUGCGCGAACCGGAUAGCGCAGUCGUGGCUCUCCGCCCCAACCGCAGCCAGGGCAACCCCACCACGGAUCGCCCGCAGCGAUUGAGGGGGUCGACAGGCUCACUUGUGCUGUCGUCUCCCACCACUCCCUCGGUGGUGCCGGCGGCUGCAGUGGACACCACGGAGCCCUCCUCUCCGCCGCUCAGCACGCCGACACAACCCAAUCUCGCCCCCGUUCACGACUCUCCCUUCGUCACGGAGCAGCCACGGCGGCGAGACCCGCCACCAUCGCAUACAGACAACGUGAAGGCGGAAGAUGCAGCACGCGUUACUACUACUACCACUACUGCAAUCCCUCCGUGUCGCCCUACCUACCACGUCACACCUGUAACGCUGGUGGAGCAGCUGCUCCUCACCUUCGACUUCUCCCUUUCCUAUCACACGAGCGCAGCGACACGCGGACGUGCAGGCUCACCGGUGAGGGGGGAGAGUGAAGAAGCGGGCGUUCACCCGGCGCCUGCGCAGGGUGCAGAGGAACAAGCGGCAGAGCCACACGACGCACCGGUCCCCUCCUCGCCAUCAUCUCAACGCCUCCCUUCUUUCGCGGAGGAGUGGGGCGCGUAUCUGGUUCGCCGCAUGCGCCGUGCGGCAGCAAUCCCUUUGGCGGCACCUUCCGUAGCUGCACACUGCCGUCACCCCAGCGACAACGACGUGGAGGCGACGCCAGUGCCGAUGUACGACCUGCGUUACACUGCGCUGGAUGUGUGGGCCGUGUGGAUGCAGGCGGCCACGGAGGCGGCCGCAGCAAACUUGGUACCUACCUCUACUACCAACAGCAAUCACAGCGACUCUCGCAGCGUGACGGACGCCGAUGCUCCGUUCGCUGCUGGCCGUGAAGGAUACACAGAAGAAAAUGCCGACGCUGCCGCUGCUGCUUCACCAAGGCGCGAGCAAACCUGCCUCGAGUCUUCCGCUGUGGCCUCGCCGAUGUCGUCUCCGUCCUCACCGCGGCCGUGUUGGUCCCUGCAGCUCCAACCGCAGGGUACGCUGCAGCAGCAGCCACAGCGCAGUGCCUCACAGGCCAGCUUUUCCGUGUCCGACGCGCGCCGGCCGUACACGGCGGGGGUGGCGGCGGCGGUGGUGGUGGUCGCGGAAGCUGCGGAUCGGGCCACCGUGCCAGCUCACAAAGAGCGCACCUUCUGCCCGCUUACGGCUCCCAUCGGCGGCGAGUGCAGCACGCGGGUUGCCGAGGAGGAGAAGGGCCGUGGGUCGGGUGUGCCCUCCGAACAGCCGCCCACGACAGCGGGGCGGUCUGUGCACGCGCAGCCAAGAACGCUUGUCCCUACAGCAGCAGCGGCAGCGGCAGCGGCGGCGGAGCUUCUGCAGAUCGUCCCCGGUCGUCUAGUGGGCUCCGUCGUGUCGGCGAGGCGGAGGGAUGCGGCAGCGCGCCGCUGCACAGCCGCCACCGCGGCGCCGCCGUUUCCGUCUUCUUUGGCCCCCGCCUCCUCUUCCCCUGUGAAGAGGGCUGCUGCUGCGUAUGCGUGUUUGAAUCUGCCCGUCGUUGCCCAUACGGCGCUGUCUCCACGCUCCACCGCUGCGGAACGAAAAGAAGGAGGUGGGGCGGUGGAAGCGAUACACGCCGCGGCGAGCGGGCAUCGCACACCGUCGCCGACACUCGCCGCCUCCCGACCACCAAGCCGGAUAGAGUCCUGGGAGAGCAGCCCAAGUGGCACGGAAGCGGCUGACGGCGAUGGCAACGUGCGAGCAGCAGAGCACGAAGAGGAAGGUUUGGCCUACGUCGCACAACGGCAGCCUACGCUCGCGCCAUCCGCCGCGCAAGCUGUGCCAGUGGUGCGUGGCGGCACGACGGACUUCUCAGCGCGGCCGGGCGUGUACUCCACCACGACGUAUACUACCAACACGAACUUAUCCUCCUCGUCGUCGAUGAUCGCAUCGGAGCACCGAUUGUUUCCUGUCGUUGAUGAUGAUGAUGAUGAUGAUGGUGCGCAACGCAAUAGCAUGCAGAAUAAUGAAGCGGUGGGUUCGGCGGUCAACGCAGCACCGCUUUCAGCCGGCCCUUCAACAGCACCGCCUCCUCUGACAUCGCCAUACACGCGGCGCGGAGGUAUCUACGCCGCUGCGUCCUUUACCGCGGUGCUGGCAGAGCUGCUCACGCAGGUCCUGCUCUGCAGCGCACCCAUGUCCCCUCCGUCACGUUAUCCGCCGAGCUCGGCACCGCCGGCGGGCAAUGUCGCCGUCGCCCACCGUCAGCUCGAGCUGAUCCACCGCGGACAGAUUUUUCCCUCGCUGGCCACGCUCGACACACUCAACCUGCUACCCUACUACGUCCACGUCUGGUGCUACUCGUAUGAUCCCUUUACGCGCAAGCAGCGGCGCGUAGGCGGCGGGGAGGUCGUCGGCAGCAGCGGCGGCAGCGGCAGUGGCGGCGGCAGCGGAGGCGGCGGUACGUACGCCCAAACGUACCUCCUGCGUUACGAGGCGGGUGCAGGCGCCGCGUACCAGGCAAACGGAGGUGGCGCGGGCCCUGCCUCGUCGCAGCAGCUUCUGCGGGGCUUAAUGAUGGAAGGCGCGCGAACGCUGUGGCGGAGUGUGAAGUCAACGGCGCAGCGCGGAGUGCGAGAGGCUCUCGCGUUCACCAGCGACACCGCAGCGAAUACGGGCAGUAACGGCAGCGGUGGCGGCGGGCCGCAGCAGCAGCAGCAGCAAACGCGCUCGCAGCUCGCGCAGGCGUUCGCAAUGCACGCUGCCGCCGUGACGGCGCCGUCUGCACAUCGGGCACCGACGGCCGUGUACAGCGGCAGCGGCGGACGCGACAUCAUCAACGACCCGACACUGUACAACGCCGUCUGUGGAUUCUACAUCACGGAGCAGGACAUCAUCAUUCGGUCGCUGCCGACGGAGGAGGUGCGGAAGAGGCGGGCGCGGCAGCGGCAGCGGCAUCGACAGCAGCUUCGCCAAUCUCACUCGGCAAUAGAUCUGAACGGCCAGCGCGCCGCGCACCCCCGUCGAGGGCGGACCGCACAAGAGAGAUACGCCGCGGCGGUAAGUGAAAAUGACGUGGAAGGGGAGGGCGAGGGCGAGGGAGGGGAAGAGGGCGACGACGACGACGUGGAGGAAACGGAAUUGCUGCUCCUGCCACGCGUUGGCCUUCUCUCGGUCACCGCAUGCACCGUCAGCCGUGACGGCGGCGGCGUCUUUGCCGAGAAGUACGCGCAUAAGCUAUUUCUGCGCCAAGAGGAUCAGGUGGUGGCCCUGCGAGCACAGCAGCAGCAGCAGCGGCGGCAGCACCGGCACGGCCUACGUGCCGCUGCGUCGUCUGCUGUGUUGACAGAGACCGCCGCCUUCUCGCCCUCUGCGUCGGCGCACCACCAAUCUUACAGCAGCGACGGUGGGGUCGGUGCGGCGCGCGGCCCCAUGCGAACGCACACCACGCUGCGUCCCUUCCUCGAACAGAUGCUCCAGCAGCAGCAGCAAAAGACACGCAGCGCGACCCGUGCAUCGUCCUUUUCUGCUGCUGCUUUGGGGGAGAAGAGUGGGACGCUGUGCGGUGGCCGCAGCGAGAGCCGUCGGCGUAGCGUGCAACAGUACUUCACCUCGCUCUUCCAUUGUACUCCGACAAGUAACGAUGCCAGCGCUGACGGCAGAAGCCCCGCCGACGGUGGUGGUGGUUGCGGUGAUGCGGCGCAGGUGCUCUCGCCCGACAACAUUGGAGCCGAGGCAUCGACCAAGGCAGCUGUCGGUGGCGCAGCGAGCAGCGCGGCAGCGGCGGUGGCGUUGACAGCCGCAGCAGCUGUCAUGUCUGCCACGACGGCGCGCACUUCUUCUUCUUCGCAGCCGGCCGCGGUGCUGAAGCUCGAGUCGAAGUCGAUGCCAACGGUGUGGCUCGAGUUCGCGGAUGAGGCGACGCUCACGUACGUGUACCACCUGCUGGAGGCGCCGCUCCGCUCGUCGCCGCCAUCCGCGGCUGCCAACCACGUAGCACGCGACGAAGCAGCAGAACAGAGCCGUGUAGCCGCCGCCACCGCAGCAGACGCCUCCUCCCCAUCUGAUAGCGCAGUGGCGUCCUCACGACUUCGAAGCGGCGCAUCCACCACCGCCACCGUUGCAACGUCUCUCUCGAGUUUUGGGAACCGGUUUCUCGCCAGCGCACGCCGGCACUGGUCCAUGGUGCCGCUGGUGCUGGUGGCCGCCGGCGUUCUCCCGCACGGCAGCGCCGCGUCGCCCUUCCUCCUGGCUUUUCUGAAGAACGUGGCUGUGGCCAUGACGAUGCUGCAGCACGCACCCACCGCCAGCGCCACCGUUGCACUGUUACGCGACGACGACGACGAUGCGCAAGAGGCAGUGGAGGACCCCCAAACCUGCCCAGCACCCGCCCCCCUCUCCCUCGCCGACACGUGUUGGCUCUACGACCCCGCACGUGAGUUUGCGCGGAUGGGUCUCGCGCCUGACCGGUGGACGCUCACGAGCGCCAAUAACGAUUUCGCCUUCUGCCCCACCUACCCCUCCCGCUUCGUCGUCCCAGCCGCGGUGGCGGAGGCGAUGGAGCUGGGCGAGCUCGACGGCCAGCACCGCCUCUCCAGCCGCGUCGAGGCCGUGUCGUUCUUCUACGCGCCGACCGGUGGGGUGCUGGUGCGCAGCGCCCAGCCGGCCAUCGCCCGGCUGUUUGUGAACUCCACCGCACCGGCCGCACUCGACGUCGCGUCGAUGAUGACGGGGGGCCGCUUCAACGGCAGUCCCACUGUUGGAGGAGCAGCAGCUGCUGCAGCACCCGCGCGCCGUGGUGGCGGCAGCAGUAGCGAUCUUGCAGAGCGUGGUGAGUCUGCACCGGCGUCACGCCAACUGCCGCUGCCGCAGCAGCAGCAGCGGGGUCCACCACCCACCGCCAUCCCCUUGAUGGAUGUGCCGUUCCUCAUUCUCAGCGCCUUCGCUGCCGCCGCGGGCACGACGGCGCAGCAGCUGGUCGUGAUGGACCUGCGCUCCGUCACGGCAGCCUACGCGAACAUGAUGCGCGGCGGGGGCACGAUGGAGAUGCUGCUCUACCCCUUUGGCAGUGUGGAGUACGCGGGUCUGCCGAACAUACACGUCAUGCGUCAGGCGUGGCUGCGGCUGCGGCGGUCGCUGAUGGACGUGCCGUACAAGCUGAGCGGGGAUGGGGGGUCGCGGCGGGAGACGCAGUAUGUGUUGAGUGGCGGAGAGCCCCCCUACGCCGCGGUGGUGGCGGCGGCGGAGAGGAGUGCCACGAUGGUACGACCAGGACCGACGCUGGCCCCGCCGCUGCUGCCCUCCGCACAGCAACCGCAGCCGGCACAUCAGUACAGCUCGGCCCACCCACACGACUCAAGGAGGGGUGCCGCCGCCGCAGUGGGACACCCGCAGGAACCGAUGAUCGUCACCGCCAUCGGAGGGGGAGAUGAGACGCAGAGGCCGCUGCCCUCGCACGCGAGAGGUGAUGUCGCGUCGGAGGCGGAGGACGACGAGGAGAACCCGCCGCAGGAGCGGGUGCGGUGCCUCGACGUUGUGCAGCAGGCCCCGGUCGCCGCGCGCUCCGGCACAGAUCGAACGCACACGCAGCCCGCAACAGCUUCCUGUGCGGUUGCGGCGUGCAGAAAGGGAGGCGGCGGUGGCGGUGAGCCGCACGAAGACGGUGGUCACGACGACGACGAGGAAGCAGCAGAGAUAAAUGGUGUGGAAAAGACGGACAGCGCAGCCUCCGCCUCUUCCAUCUUCUUUCCUUUCUCGUUCAGCAUCGGCGGAAGUAAAGGCGCCGGCGACAGCAGCGGGGGUAGUGGCAACGGGGGUAUGGAAAGAUCGUCGCCGUCCGCCGUCUCGAUGCGGACGUCGAGUGGAAACGCAGCCGCCGCCGCCGUCACUUCACCCGCGCAACAGGAAUGGUUGGGAUUCGUAGCCGGGCUGCUGAACACCGCCGUCGUCGCGGCGCGGCGUGUGUGCGGGGUGCCGACGGACCCGCUCUACGUCCCGGCGAUGGUGCACAACGGUGCGAUGGCGAAUUGCUUCUCGUACGUUGUCGGGCACGCCUUUACCCGCUUUUGGCUUCCCGCCUCGUCGUACAGCCGCCCAACUCGACCGCACCACAGCAGCGGCGGUGCCUCGGCGGCUGCGCCGGCGUGGUGGGCUCGUCGAGGUGGAUUUCGCAGGACUGCCGCUGCUACGGCGGCGGCGAAACAUCCCCAUUUUGACACGAGUGUCGCCUCCUUCGGGCCGAGCGCGCACCGCACGCUGGCACAGGUGGUGUUUGUGAACUGCUCCGACGGCUGGGACCGCACCGCGCAGGUCUGCCUCCUCGCGCAGCUGCUCCUCGAUCCGUACUACCGCACCGUUGAAGGCUUGUGUGUGUUGCUGGAGAGGGAGCUGCUGUGCUUUGGGCACCCGCUGCAGACGCGAUCCACGGCGGUGCGCGGGAAUGCAAACGGCGGCUGGGAAAUGGCGGCGGCGAGGAGGGACGGCGACAACGCCCACCGCUCCGCCGCCGCGACUCACGACGCGGUGGAUGCAGGGACGAGGGUCGCAACGCGCAUCCGCGACGACGAUCAGCGGAGUAGCCCACUCAGCCCCCGCUCAGGCGAGCCAACAGGGGCAGCGGCACAGGCGGGGUCCUUGGCUGCCAUGCCGACGCGAACAGCGCCACCUGGCAACCUGCCGGAAGCAAACGACAGCGGCGGUGCAGCAGCACCAACAGCAGCGGCAACGGCGACAGAGACGCCGAGCGAGGAUGACCUUGAAGUCUGGUUGGACGACAGCGACGCAGCAACAGCGCAGUUGCUCUCCGAGGCGGCCGCAGCCGAUGCAGCAUCGGUGGUGCGGGACGGAAAGGAGAUGGAUGGGUCGAGCAAAGAUGGUAAACAGCAGCAGCAGUGGCGUCAGUUCUGGCGGCGUGCGAUGGGUGCGGUGGGUGAAAGAACCACAGCGCUGAAGCAGAAAAUGGAGAGCGGCGGCGCGGGUGGCGGUGGUGGUGGUGGUCGGCGUGUGCCGCCAGCGGCAUCGUCUGCCUCUUCGCCCUCCCCAGCGGCGACGUCGUCCAGCGCAGCGCUGCGGGAGGCGUCCCCGAUUUUCACGCAGCUGCUCGAUGCGAUCUACCAACUCGUCCGCCUCUACCCCGCCUGCUUCGAGUUUACGGAGCAGUUUGUGCGACUGCUGCUGGACUUGCUGCACUGCGGGCUCGUCAGCACCUUUGCGGUGAACAGCGAACAGCAGGCGGAGCAGGAAGGCGUCGCACGCGGCGCCAUGUCGCUCGGUCAGUGGUGUGCUCUGUUGCUGUCCACGACGGCGGCUCCCACUCCUCCUAUCUGCAGCGGUACGGCUGUGGAAGUCAACGCACCUUGUCUGCCGUCCCCCGCUGGCUCCCCAGCCCAUCCCAGCGCUCCAACACGGGCACCACCGCCGGCAGCCGCAGACACGAGCCUCACUACCAACCUCAGCUCGGUCGAUGUCUCGUUCCAAUGCCUCGAUUCGCAGCUGCUCGAAAACGGAGAGGAGGGCGACGAAGGCGACGAAGAGGGGGAGGUUGGGCGGCCGAGUGUUGCGCCGCCGCAGGAGCCGUCGCAUUCACUGCUGCCUGCACACCCAACUGGCGCUUCCGCGAGUUUGCCCACCUCACCACCACCACAGAAGCAGAAGCAGCAGCAGCGGUUGCCGUCAUCAGGUGCCAUCUAUAUGUUUGACUGCACCACUCGUUGGCGGGCCGGCAACGGCGAGGUGACAACGCACACGCAUCGUCGCCGGUCACCGCCGCUGCCGGGGUCGUCCACGACUCCGGCCUUCCUCUCCGCAAGCGCGACGGCAGACACCAUCGACAGCGACGGUGGUGGUGGUGGCGAUGACGACGAUGACGAUGACGAUGACGACUUCCGUCGGCGACUGCUGCCUCUCUCGAUCGAUGCCCUCUACUCCUCCGGCUACCUCAACGCGGAGUUCUCGCUGAGGUACAACCGCCACCACGUCGGUCCGCUGGUGGACUUCCUUCUCCCCUCACAGCUGGCUCUGUGGCGCUCCGCGUACGCGCGGCAUUCCUUCUGGGGCAGCCGUGCAUCACAGCUGCAGCACGGCGUGGGGCCCAUCCACCGUGACGGUGCGCCCGAUGGUCCGCCCGGCCCGUCUGCGCCGCCGGGCACUUUACCAGAGCACAGCAGCAGCAACAACAACAACGGUAUAUGGCGUGGGGCAUGCGGGGGGCACCGUCUGACCUCCGGUGCGCAGCGGAUGCGUUCCUCUGAGGGUGCCGCAACUGGCACGGCGGCUGCAGCGGGUUCCAGCGGCCAACAAUGCUGGUUGGUCAGCGGUAGCACCAAGGACGGAAAUAGGAGAACUGCGGGAAAUGAAUUGGCAGCUGACCGUCGCGGGGGUUUCGGUGCGACGUCCUCGCCGUACACGUCACCGCCUGGGAUGAUGAACUUCCAUAUCGGCUCGGCGAGCGACGAGGAGGACGACGCGGCGGAGGAUCAGAGCCAGCUCUGA